AUGUUUUGGGCGGAUGAAACCGAUAAGUUAUAUUACAAGGAGUUUGGAGAUGUGAUAUCAUUUGAUGCUACAUUCCGAACAAAUAAGUAUGGAAUGAUUUUUGUGCCGUUUACAGCCAUUGAUAACCACAAACGUUCAAUAAACAUUGUAGGAGGUUUGUUAAGCAACGAGUCAAUAGAAUCUUAUUGUUGGUUGCUCGAAGCUUUUUUGAAAGCACAUGUUUCAGCCGAUUUUUUUAAAAACACUCAUUUUCGAAAGCGGUUUACGAAGCUUGUUUGGAAUGUCUACAUCGAGCCUGAAGUGUUUGAAUCAAAGUGGAAACUGCUUAUGAGAAAAUUCAAACUACAGGACAAAAGAUGGUUCAAAGACAUGUACAGGGAUCGAAAACUUUGGAUUCCAGCCUAUUUUAAAGACAUGCCACUACACGGUCUGAUGAAAACUACUUCAAGGUCUGGAAGCGUGAACUAA